AAAGACCCCUAACAACGACCCUUCAUUAACGGGUCAAUCCAAAUAAACAACUCUCUCUCCCUGCGAUUCUCUCUCUAAACAGUGCCAUAGAAACCCUAGUAGUGAUCACAAUCUCCAACUCUCUUGUUUCCUCCAACCCAAUGCAUCACCACCCGAAACCCCACAUCCUCCUUCGAUGGGUCAACAGAAGUUGAACUUCACAUCAUCUUUCCUCGUCUCGUUGGUCCUAUUCUUGAUCGUCGCUUUCCCUUCUCUUUCCGGCGGAACCCCAUGGUCGACCGCCCCUUCGGGCGCGCCCACACCGGCUCGCCAGCAACAACUACAGGAGUUCCACGUCAAGAACAGGCCCCAACCUUCAUUCCUGGACAGAGGACGCUACAAGAAGAGGAAGGCUAUGAAGCGGAAAGCGCCUACCAAUGAUUUAAGGACGAGGCCGUUCUCGGUCAUGCUUCCCAAGGGUUUUAUCCCUCCUUCCGGUUCAUCUCCGUGCCACAACGAUGACCCUGUCGAUUCAGUCACGGUGUACUGUAGCCUCUCAACCACGAAAAGCUACCGAUCGAGGCCAUGAGGAAAAUCAGAUGAGCCAAUAUGCAGAGAGGAAAUAAGGUGGUUCGUAUGCUGAACUAAUUUUGUUUUAUUUUGAUGUUAAUUGUCAUCUUUCUUUUUUCCCCUUGAUGCCUUUUUCUUUUUGGGUUCGCUCUUGCUCUUCUUCUCAACACAUACUUGUGUAAUCAACCCAGGAUGGUUGGGUUGUACGUACAUUCAUCUGAUCGAGUUUACAGUUGCUCCAAAUGCAAGAAAGGGUUUUUUUCCUUAA